GAAGACUGAAUACAGCGGCAUGGCAGUUCAAGUCGGGAAUCCAUCAUUCCUGUACGAAGAGAUGCUUGAUUAUGAGGAGAGUAACCCAAAUCCUGAUGUUGACGACGGAUCAGAAAAAGGUACAACCUUUUCCAAUCCUGUUUAUGAAUCUGUUUACCGCUCCGAGACGAGUUUGGGUUCUGAGGUGUUCCGCGAGAAUAAUCUGCCCAAAGUGGAAUUUCGUAAGGGCAAAGUGGACUUUUCAAAUCCGGUGUACGAAGCCUUGUUAGCGCACAAUACGUCGCGAAAGCCUGGGUCGGUAUUCUGGGGAAGUGCUGAGAAUGUAAACGGGGAGGCCUCGGGUGACCAAGUCGAGACAGACUGUCUAUGAAAUUACAAACAAGCCACGUGUUCUUGACAGGACCACGCUCACGAAUUUGAGAAGAACAUGAAAAUGCAAGCCAAGGGAAAAGAAAGAAAUAAAGUGUCAAAACAGGAACAAGAAGUCAAUCUUUCCCAAAGAAUUGUUUGCGUUUUGGUGCUUUCAGCGUUUGUUGUUGAGUUUGGAGAAAAGUUUGCAUUGCCCUUAUAUCAUAAAAAUGGCGAGUUAUUUGCUGCGCAUCUUCAAUGUAUUAAUUCGAAAUUGGUCAAAAUCACGUUAUUUAAGUUGGCAAUUUAUAGGAACUUGUUGAACGUAAAUGAAACGUUCUGCUUGCGAGUACUGCUGGGAUUGCUUUGAUUUACUCUUAUAUGUAACGCAAACGAACUUAGUUGGUGUCAGUCUCCUUGAAAUUUUAUUUUUCUGGGAUAACAAAACAUCGUAAUGAAUUUCUAGAAUUUUAGAACGAAUUACAUUUGACUACAGAAUAUCUCAAGUUUUAAACUCCUAGUAUGUGUUAUCUUAAAUGGUUUUUGACUGUAAAGUUUGGUAAAACGCUAUAAUUUUUAAAUCUAAAUUGUCACCGUAAUUUUAAUGAUUAUAUGGCGCAAUUAAUAUCUACUGCUUUUGCUAAUUUUUUUUGCUGAUUUAUUGCACUCUCUCCAUAAGCCAGCUUUUUAUGAUUUAGUUCACAAAGUUGAUAGCCCUGACCAAGUGGUUGAGGGAAGAUACGAAAGUCAAAAAUAAGUUAUUACAAAAAGUGUCUUGGUAUCAAAUUCUUGAAAUUGAAUUUGUACUCCCAAGAGAUGUCUUUGCUCGUUAUGCAAAGAGAAAUUAGCAUUUAUUAUCAAGUUUAACCACAAUUAUUAAGUUAUAAUAAUACAUCAUGAUAUAUUUAAAAUUGGUGUAAUAUUCUCUCACAACUUUCAAGCAGAGAAUUAUAAAACAUAAUCUGUAUUUAUUGUGCUUGUCUUUAAAAGUUUGAAUGUUUUAAGUUAUGAAAUAUGCUACAGGUAUAUAUUUUUGUAGUUGUAGAACGGUUUGAAAACACCACAUACAUGUAGCUGUUUAUUUAUAAGGUGUAAUAUUUCAUGUUUAAUGUGAUCCAGAUCACUGUGGAGGUAACUCAUCAAGGCAGUGUGAUAUUAAAACAAUGUUAGUUAACCUCAACAGCUGAUAUUAAAACAAUGUUGGCUAACCUCA